AUGUCAUCUACUAAUGAAGUUGGCACAUCGAGCACAUUGGGCAAUACGGUGAAUGCGGAUUAUGACGAAGAGGUUCGAGUUAGAAAGCUUCAAUUGAGUGAAAUUGAGGAGAUUCGAGACGAAGCAUACGAAUGUGCAUCCGCAUAUAAAGACAAACUUAAGAAGGUUCAUGAUGCAAAGCUAAGAAAGAAGAACUUCAAAGUGGGUCAAAAAGUGUGGUUGUACAAUUCAAGAUUGAAGAUGUUUGCGGGUAAACUCAAGAGUAAAUGGAUGGGUCCUUAUGUCAUCCGGAGAGUGGGAAGAUUUGGUGAUGUUGAUAUUCAAGAUGAGCAAACCAACAAGCAACAAACUGUGAAUGGGCAUCGGCUUAAACCGUACCUGGAAGACAAUGACAUCAACAAUCUCGAGCUCGACAAAGUGGGUUACAUUUUACGCCCAAUGGAUGACGAGGAAGCUUGA